UAUCAACGCAGCUAAGAAGCAAAGAGGCACUCCCAAUCCUUACCCAUUUUCUCAGCAGCCAAACACUCGCGAGAAAAUUCUCAGUUCGUAGAGAAAGUCUCAAUCUUCUUCAUUCUCACAACAUGUCGUGGCAAGCCUACGUCGAUGAGCACCUUCUUUGCGACAUCGAAGGCAAUCAUCUCACUUCUGCUGCUAUUAUCGGCCACGAUGGCAGCGUUUGGGCUCAGAGCUCCAACUUCCCUCAGUUCAAGCCUGAGGAAAUAACUGCUAUCAUGAAUGACUUUGCUGAGCCUGGAUCACUUGCUCCAACUGGAUUGUAUCUCGGUGGCACAAAAUAUAUGGUGAUCCAAGGGGAGCCUGGAGCUGUCAUUCGAGGGAAGAAGGGUCCUGGUGGUGUUACAGUCAAGAAGACCAGUCAGGCCUUGAUCAUUGGCAUUUAUGACGAACCAAUGACUCCAGGUCAAUGCAACAUGAUAGUUGAAAGGCUUGGUGAUUACCUCAUUGAACAGGGUCUCUAAUCCUCUCUUUAUGUCUUGUUAUCGUGCAUAUUUCAUUGGCUUCUGUACAAGUUUUUGCGUCGACCUCAAAUGGAAUGCUUGAUUGCAGUGUAAUAAUAUUAUUGGUAUCGAAAGUCAGGGGAUCUGCGUGUGGCGAAGAAAGUGUUUGGUGCUUGAAAAAUGAUGACUAUAUUCUCUAUCGUUGUACUUUUUUAGUGGGGUACCUGUAAACAUUUCAAUGGUUUUAAAUUUUAAUGCUAUGGCAUAAUGGUUGGCAUAUUUAUCAAUAUAUUGCAGAUUCUUAUCUAUCUGGCAGAAAGCCAUCACAUUUGUACCUCCUUAUUCCUAGGCCCUAGCUCCUUUUCUUUUCCUGAUGCAAACUAUUUUCUUUCAGUUAAUUAAGGUAUCAAGUGACCUCAUGUCGUUUUACAUCCCAGAUGUAGUAUGCCAGGCAUAAUCCCUGUCAAAUUAUUAUCCGAUUUUACUUUCUUAACCUCUCUGGUAAUUUGAAUUAUGAGGAUUGUGC